UCCGUUUAAAAACAAGGAAGUACUAAAUGACUUUUCCUUUAAGUUGCCUGAGUGUCUGAAAUAUGUGGCGCCCCUGGCCAUAACCUGUUUCAGUCGGGUGCUCCGUAAACUGAACCAGUUCCAUUACUCGUGGUAACUAUUCGUAAGGGAGUGUCAGAAUGGAGGAUAAUAUUGAGGUACUUCUUCAAGAUCAUACCCCGCGUUUUAAAAAUACCCGCCACCUCACCAUGGCUGCUGGGGCAGUGUUCACGGGCGGUUAUGGGAUGUGGGUCAUGUUCGCCCUGCCAGGUUUUCUGCGAGUGCCCAUCAGGUUAAAGGUGCCUUUUAUGCCUUCUCCGAAAAACCAGACUCAGAAUGUUUUGAAACUGCUGAAGGGUCGUAGAGGCCAGCUGGCAGACCUGGGGUCAGGAGAUGGCCGCCUGGUGCUGGGCGCCUACUCUAUGGGCUUCCAGUGCACAGGCUUCGAGAUCAACCCCAUGCUGCUGGCCUACUCCAGAGCACGCGCCUGGUGGAGGGGCAUCCCCAACACACACAUCCGCUUCCUCAAUCAGGACUUCUGGAAGACUGACAUGUCUAAAUACCAGAAUGUGACCGUGUUCUUGGCUCCUGCUGUGAUGGAACAGCUGGAGCAGAAGUUGAGGGCAGAGCUCCCCCCGAACGCUAGAGUGAUCGUCUGCAGCUACCCUUUCCCCAGUUGGCUGCCCAGCUGUGUACAGGGGGCGGGUCUAGAGCAGGUCUGGGCCUAUGACAUGCCACCAAGAUCAUCUGAGUGAAGCACUGGGACAGCCCCAUCACAAGUCUCAUGGAACACACACCAGCCAAUCAAGUCUUGUGGAACACACGUCACCCAAUCACAAGUCUUGUGGAACACACACAUACCACCCAAUCAUAAGUCUUGUGGAGCACAUUUCACCCAAUCACAACCCUACCGAAGGCUAUUAAUCCAGUCUAACUGAACACACGUCAUCCAGAAUCCACAAUUCUGAUGGUAUGCACACCACCCAAUCAGAAAUCUACUACUGGAAGCCAGUCACAAAUCUCACCUCCACUGGAACAAAAACCACCUGCAGCAGCCUAACCAUGAGAUGUCCAGCAUGCAAGCGCCGAGAGACUUUCAGCCACUCACUGUCCAGAGAGAUCAGGGGUGCCUCUCAUUUGGGCUUUUAUACGUCCUCCCUCGCUCCUCUGGCCUCAAUCCUCACUGAUCUACAUAAAGAAUGAUGGGGCGGCAACAAUGGAAUAGUCUAUCCACUAUCCAGUAUUAGUUAUAGAUCAGUGGGAACGCUCCUCGAGGAUCGAGCAUCGAGGAUCGAGGAGGCAUGUUGAGAAGCACCUCAGGUCUGGCUCCCCUGUUCUCGUCCCACAUCUUGCAUGGUCUCGGGCCAGGAAUGACUGAAUGUGACCAGAGAUUAAUGAUGACUAAAUAACCACUCCACAUUGCACUGCGUAAGUGAGUGCCUGUUUGCCCCCAGAGAAAUAAAUCAUGA